AACUGAGAGUGAUUGACCGUCGAAGUUUCUCCUCUGUCGCGACUUUUUGAUCCAUGUUUGACGACAAAACCAGCGCUAUCUACGGCGCGAGAGAGCAUCGCCGAACUAAUCAGUACGCUUUAAACUGUGGAAUUUUCUGUUAGCUCUGUUCACGGUUUUAUUUUCGCUCAGCUUCACUACUUUUUCUUUAUAAAAAGAGAGAAAAAGUGUACGCACGAUGAGCACGCAGACCUCCACGGUGAAGUUGAAGGAGCUGCGCCUACCGAUCUCGAGAGUGAAGACGAUCAUGAAAAGCUCGCCUAGCGUCGAUACCGUUGGCCAAGACGGCUUGUAUUUGGUUACAAAAGCAACGGAACUCUUCAUACAUUACCUGACAGAAGAGGCACACAUGCAGAGUAACAAGGGAUCCUCGCUGGACUACAAACAUUUGGCAGAGGUGGUACAGACCAAUGACACACUGGAGUUCUUGCGGGAGAUAAUGCCCAGGAAAAUUACGGUCCGACAGUUUAAGGAGAUGAUGGCAGCUAGGGAGGCAUCCUGUAGCAGUUCCUCUGAGAGCAGCUCGGAUUCAGAUAGCGAUAGUGACUCUGACUCAGACUCUUGUUCGGACAGCGAUGAGACGAAGGGGGACAAUUCUUCUAGCAGUGAACGAGAGAGCGAGACCAAGGAGAACGGAGCUUGUCAUUCGGACAGUGACAAAAGUGAGAGCAGUGUAAAAAGUGACAGUGAGGAGAACCAUAAGAGAUGAGAAUUUUUAGGUUUUCACUUUUAGCAAACUUUAAUUAUUUAACAAACCCACCUAGGUUUAUUUUGUGUUCUUUUAUAAAAUCUCACGCAUGUAUGCCUAGAAUAAUUUAUCUAGUAUCAAAAUUGUUCGUAUAUAUUAGUAAAUGAGUAAAACAGACACAGUCAGCAAUAAUGACUCAUUUUGUAAUAGAUUAUGAGAAUUUGUCUAAAAGGAGCAGAUAUUUUUUAUACGCUUAGAAAUGACGAAAGUACACUAUCAAAAUCUUUUUUGCACAUAUUUCUCUCUCAUAUAUUUGUGUGUGUGCAUAUAUAUACACACACAUACAUAAACUAUAUAUUUCUCAUAAUAUUCAUUAUUCAUGCAUUCAAUUAUAUUAAAUGGAUUAAUGUAAGAAAUUAAAUCUCUUACAUUAACAGUGUAUUUAUUUAUAAUCAUGUCUCAGAUUUUUAUCUUUGAUAAUAAAUAAUGCCAUGA